UGUCGCCGGUGGCAGGUAGGUGGCACCUGCCCGCAUGGCGUCCAUGGCAGCCGCGUCCGCAUGAGUGUUCUGUUGCCGUCGUACAACCGAGACUGCCUGCACCUGCAGCUGUAUCGGGACAGUAAGGAGCGCUACAAGCAGGGACACACCAAGGCGUCGCUCUCCCUGCAGCACUUCCUCGCCGUCGAGACAGGGUUCACGUUGGACAAGGAGUCCAACACGAUAGCGAUCAUCUGCCAGGAUGUGACGGUCAUUCUGGCGUUUGACUCCAGGGAGCGCCAGAUGCAGUGGCAUGUCAAGAUCGUCAACAACCUUGGGGAAGGCCAGCAGUUCCUGGUGCAGGUGACGUCUGCGCCACCACGCGCGAAGAUCUGUAUGGGCCCGGCACGCCUCCACGUACAGGAGAGGCGCUUCUGCCUCACUUCGGGUGUGCCUCCCAGGCUGCUUGGUUUCUGGGACAUCAGCCAGCUCAGGCGGUAUGGUGUGGUGGAGGGCCGAUUCGUGUUCGAGGGUGGCUCCCGCUGUGGCAAGGGUGAGGGAGUGCAUGUGUGUGUCACUGACCAGGCUGCAGACAUCACUGCUGCCUUCCAACAGGCUGCACAGGGCUCGCUGGCUUCCAGGAGGAGGGCCAUGCUGCGGUCAGCACCUGCCACUGAUAGUCCUCGACGUCGCAUCCGCAACCAACAACCUGUGGAGACAGAUUCACCUCAGCCCUCUACAGCGCAUCCCCACUCAACACUCAGAGAUAUUCCUGGAGAACAAUUGCUGUGCAGUUGUAGCAAAACUGGUGAAGACAGCAAUUCUCAGUUUUGGACAGCAUCUGAAAUCACAGCUGCAGAAAGAUGCACUGAACAACCUCUAGACAAUAUCGGUGGUCAUCAGUUUGCUGCCUCUCCUAAGGAUAUUAUGACCUGCAGGCAUAGUUAUCAUCGACAGAACUGUAAAAUAUUUCAGCAACAUGUAACUGUACAUUCUAGAUCUGAUGGAGUUAGUUGCUCAAAAACAGCAGUGCAGGAACAUCUACAGAAUAAUUCCAUUCCUGAGACACAAAGCAUUUUGUUUAAUCCAGAUUCCAACAGGCAUGUCAUGGCAGGGGCACAGUUGUGUCACUGUUGUGCUGGUACGAACAUCUGUCGUCUGACAGACAAUGAAACAUCCGGCACUGAGUGCAAGCCAUUCCACCUUGCCACUCACAGUUCACUGGAGAAAAUUAUGCAGCACAGCCCAUUCAAAAGACUCUACCCUAUACACCAGCAACAAGUCUGCACAGUGACAUCUCAACAAGAUCCAUUGCUAAUGUCAAAAUCUUAUCCAACAGGUGACAAUACAUCUGUACUGCCAACAUUCAACACAGCUCAGGGGACAGCCACAUGUAAUUUAUGUCUAAAUCGUUGGCACUGUUCAUCCCAAACAAUUCGUGCUCAUAAUUCUUCAUCACAGAAUUCAGCUUCAUCAAAUUUCUCUAACAGGAAUAAAUUAACUGAAAAUUCUGUACCGGUGAGUUUGGGAGCACAUGUCCAAAAACUGACACUACAACAAGUCAGCUAUAAAUGUAGAAACAAUACUGAAUUUAUUAAACAGGAUAGCUGUGUACCAAAUACAAUAACAGAUGGAGCUUCAGAUCACAAUUAUGACAUUCCCAGUACAUUUACUGAAAACAUUUGCUCUGAGGUGCAAGAAGGAUCCGAUGAAAGUAUGACGGGUGAUACUGUAAUGGAGGACACAGAAGACACUGCAUUAAAAGUAGACUGCGGCACCCCAAGAAAAGUUCACAAAUUAUGUGAGCCUGUUGUAGUUCCUGGAGGGUCUUCAUUUGGUGGCAAUUAUGAUACUUUGCCAAGAACACAAACAUCAAGAAUGCCAUGUAAAUGUUUUAUGAGGCCUUGCAACAAAAUUACUUCUAUAUCCAAUCCUUUAAAACUGACGGGACAAGGGACUGUAAACAAGAAUACCAAAGAAAAAUAUACUCAUGGGAACUGCCCAUGUCAGAAAGUAAUGUUCUGGGCUGGUAACUUCAUGACAUUACCAUACUGCCGACGUGGAAAUGGAAUGGAAGACACUGGGACUUCUUCCCGAUGUGCUGGCCUGGAUUUGCAUGAAAUGAUGACAACUGCUGAUACUUCAAACACCACAGCUUUAUAUGCCACAGUAGACAAAUCAAAGAAAAGGAACAGGGAGACUGCUCUGCAUCAGAGAUGCUACUGCAGUGGUUCUCCUUGUGUCUGUCAGAAAGCAAUUACAGAAAGAACUUAUGGUGGAAACUUAACAGCAACUAGUACCACUGAAACAGGAAUCACCAACCUGGAAACUGAACAAUCAGAUGGUGUCUGUGAAGCUCCAAGUGCCCCUUCAAGUGAAGACCGAUAUUAUGAAAACAUGGGAUUUGCUGAUUCCUUAGAAUAUUAUGAAAAUGUAAAAGAUGUACUUAAGAAAGCAGGAAUAGAACAAGAUAAAGUAUGUACCCCUGACAAAAAUAUGCAGGCCAACAGAGAACAAGACAAUAAAUAUAUUAUUUCAUGCACUGAUCCUAAUGUAGUGAGAAUAUGUGAAAAAUGCGGACAUCAUUUCCAGGCAGAAAAUUUUAGUGUUGACAGCCCAGAUAAGGCAGAAAAAGUUGAAAAUCUAAUGUCUACUAAACAGGAGAAAAGUGUAUCAGAUGAUUACUUAAUGAUGCUUCCUGGUAAAGACUUAUUGCUCCAUCCAGGAGAUAAUUCUCCACUAAGUUCACCAACAGAAAACCUGCACACUAGUUCAGGUCCAAGAGAUAUAGAUUCAGUUCAAAAUAUCCCGAAUACUUCUGCUCAUGAUGAUGCAUGUAGCAACAGUGCUGAUGGCAGUCGAGGAAAAUAUUACCACACACCAUGCAAAAUACCCACUGUAUAUUUCAACCAUGCUCAGGAACCAGACAUAACAGUGUGUGAUACACCAUUAACCUCUUCAUGCAGACAUGGGAGAAAUAAAGCAGAAAACUCUCUGUCAGAUAGUACAGAAUUUAAAACACAAGAAAAUUUGAAAAAGUGUAAAGAGCAGUUUGCAUGUGAUUGUGAAAGAGUUACUUAUUUAAAACAGAUCUGUACGCAUCCACAUUCUGAUGAAUCUCUAGAGUUGCAUUUGUGGAAUACUUUCCCUCAAAGAAAGCAACCAUCUCAUGCCAGGCAAUCUGACUGUACUGGUAGUCUACCAAAAUGCAUGAACAAUCAUUUUUCUCACAGAGACAGUCUUAAGGAGAAACCUGCAGAAAAUGAAAGGCAUCUGUCAGACAGCCUUCUGCUGCCUGUCCACAUACGUCGCUCCUCCAGUGUCCCUUGUAAGCCAGUGAACAACAGAGAUUCUUCCAGUUCUAAUGACUCAGGGGUUGCAGUGGAUUUAAUCUUACUCAAGGCAAGAAACUUGUCACAGACUGAAAAUCUAUCUGCACUUAUUAAUCAUUCUGGCUAUGAUACAAAGUGUCUACAUUACUCUCUACCAAGAAGAUCAAAAUCUGUUGAUCCUGUAAAAAACAGUCUGCUGUGUUUCCAGAAGUCUGUUGCAACUGCAAAGUGUUCACCAGUUGAAGUAGCAGGGCCUACAUACCAAAAGGUUUCAGUUUCUGGAAGUCCUGAAGGAGAAAAUUCUGUUGCAAUUCCAUAUAUUGAUUCACAGAGUGUGAGCAGUGGCACCUCAAAUAUUUCUGAUUACAUGGACACCUUAUCUUUAUGUUCACACAGUUCAUCGGAUGUGCAGGACGGACGAAGGUUAGGGAGACAGGCCGCUACAACCCUCCGACCCAGAUCUGGCAAGGAAUAUCAGCUCAUUGACCGCUAUGUUCUUGAAGGCGAUAUUCAGUUAACAGGAUGAAAAUCUACAACGAAAAGGAGGUGUGGGAAGAUGCAGCCACUUUGUUGUUGUUUGCAGAAAAUUCAAUGGAUUACACAGUGUCUCAUCAAAAUCAUCAUUUAUCUAUCAUAUAACAUGGAAGACCAUUUAACUCAAAGGACGAAUAUCCUUUGACUAAAAUGAAAAUCUUAUAUCUGGAAAUCAUUUACUAAUUUUGAACCAAAGUACUCAAAUGCUACAUAUAUCUAAGGUGCAGGUUCUUUCAGACUGUCAUUUGAAGAAACUGUCGGGACAAAUAGCACUCCGAUUACUUAUUUCAGAGGAAAUAAUGGAAAAUUAAUACAUAUGCCCAGAAUAUUUUCUGGUCAAAAUGGUAAAAAAUAAUCUUUCAAAAUUAAAUUUCUUCAGAAUGACAAUUUAUUCUCAAUUUCUGGCAAUAGGACUUGAUGUCAGAGUGACUUCCUAAGUGAUUUAGUUCAAAUCAGAAAUGUUUCCACAAGAAACAACAAGACAAUAAAAGAUACACAGACUGCGCCAAUCCAGGCUAGCAGGCAUGAUGGAGACUGAUCAAAGCUACAUGAGAAAUGGAUGUGAUGUGUCAGUAUUCUGUGUACUGAGAGAGAAUAAAUGGCUGAAUUAAUAUACA